AGGAGACACUAUUGUUGAUGAGGAGCCGCGGCGGUGGCUGCACCACCUCGUCUCUGCCCGCCGCUGCCCGCGCGCCCCCCGUUCCCGAAGUCAGGCUUCGUCACCCGCUGGCUCAGGCCUUCUCUCAGGCUCCGAGCAACCGGUCCCCGCCGCCCGGCAUCCCCCGGCGCCCGCGGGCCUCAGUCUCUGUGGCGGGGGGACCAUGUCCCAGCGGGUGAGGCGCAAUGGGUCUCCCACGCCCGCCGGCGCCCUCGCGGGUGGCGCGGUCGGCCCGGCCGGGGGUCCCGGGAGCCGCCUGCAGCCCAUGAGGGCGACCGUGCCGUUCCAGCUGAAGCAGCAGCAGCAACAUGGCAGCCCCACGCGGGGCGGCGGCGGCGGCGGCGGCGGCAACAACGGUGGCUGCGGCGGCGCUUCAGGCCCCUCGGGUGGCGGCGGCGGUAGCGGCCCGCGCACCGCCUCGCGCAGCACCAGCCCCACGCGCGGCGGCGGCAGCGGCAGCGGUGGCGGCGGCGGGAGCGCGGCGGCGCGCACCAGCCCCACGGUGGCCACGCAGACGGGCGCGUCCGCGACGUCCACGCGCGGUACCAGCCCCACGCGCGGCACGGCGCCUGUGGCCCGAAGCAGUCCUCCCCGACCGCAGCCGCCGCCGCCCCUGCUGGGCACCGUGUCGUCGCCCAGCUCGUCGCCCACCCACCUGUGGCCCGGCGAGGUGAGCGCGGCCCCACCCCCCGCCCGCGUCCGCCACCGGAGGAGGUCCCCAGAGCAGGGUCGGCCUUCGGCGGAGAAGAGGAGCCCCAGCGCCCCGGUGUGCAAAGCAGGUGAUAAGACACGCCCACCUUCCUCAAGCCCCUCCAGCAUUAUCAGACGCACUUCCUCCCUGGAUACACUCGCAGCUCCAUACCUUGCUGGGCACUGGCCCCGAGAUAGUCGAGGGCAAGCCGCACCCUGCAUGAGGGACAAAGCUACACAGACGGAGAGUGCGUGGGCUGAAGAGUAUGCUGAAAAGAAGAAAGGAUCUCAUAAGCGCUCAGCAUCCUGGGGCAGCACAGAACAGCUUAAAGAGAUUGCAAAAUUACGACAGCAAUUGCAGAGAAGCAAACAUAGCAGCCGUCAUCAUCGAGAUAAAGAAAGACAGUCUCCAUUUCAUGGCAACCAUGCAGCUAUUAACCAGAGCCAGGCCCCUGCUCCAAAGAGCACACUUGUUCCUGUUGUCCCCAUCACCAAGUCCACAGGCUCUCGGUUCCGGAACAGUGUGGAAGGACUGAACCAGGAGAUCGAGAUCAUAAUUAAGGAAACUGGGGAGAAGGAAGAGCAGCUUGUUCCACAAGAUAUUCCAGAUGGUCAUCGUGCACCUCCUCCCCUCGCUCAGAGGAGCAGCAGCACUCGCAGCAUCGACACACAGACCCCUGGAGGGGCAGACAAGAGCAGCAACAACAGCAGCCGCUCUCAAUCUGUGUCCCCCACAUCCUUCCUCACCAUCUCCACUGAGGGCAGCGAGGAGAGUCCCUGCUCAGCUGAUGACCUGCUUGCUGAUCCCAGGGAUAAAGAAAAUGGAAACAACUCUCCUUUGCCAAAAUAUGCAACCUCACCAAAACCUAACAACAGUUACAUGUUCAAAAGGGAACCUCCAGAGGGCUGUGAACGAGUCAAAGUCUUUGAAGAAUGCUCGCCAAAACAGCUUCAUGAAAUUCCAGCCUUUUACUGUCCUGACAAAAACAAGGUGAAUUUCAUUCCUAAAAGUGGCUCUGCUUUCUGCCUCGUGAGUAUCCUCAAGCCACUUCUUCCCACACCAGAUCUUACCCUCAAGGGCUCUGGUCACAGCCUGACAGUCACCACUGGCAUGACGACCACUCUGCUUCAGCCCAUCUCCAUGGCCUCCCUGUCUGCAAACACAGAGCAAGACAGGGUGUCCCGAGGAACCAGUACAGUCCUGCCAUCCGCCUCCCUCCACGCACCGCCAGAACCAAUCGAGGAAGCUGAAGGAUAGGUCCCAGCUCAUGUCUGGUUCCUGGAAACUGAGAACCCUGCAGAUCACGUGACUGUGAUGGUUUCGUGUCCUCCCAGCUGGCUGUGAAGUGCUUUGGCUUUCCAGUGAUGUGUGACGAGGCUGCUGGAAGAACGCAUCCCUGUGAGUGCUCUGCCCUGCGCAUGAAGGCCGCCAACAGAAACAUGGGAGGUCUCUUUACUUUUGGAGGAACAAAAUCACAUUUUCAUUUGUUUUCAAAUUAGACUUGUUUAAAACAAAACAGACAAACAUGAAACCUAAUCCCUGCAAACAUGAUUUCUGAAGGGAGAUAUGAUUGAUGCUGCAAGAAACCAUCUUUUAUAUGAAAAUGACUAUUUUAUAAUACCAAUGUUACAUUUUCUGAAGUAGCAAACAGGAUGUUCAAAAGAUUCUUUGGUGGCCUCUGUUUCUUCUUUCCCUUUUCUAGGUGUUACUUUUCUCAGCUGUUUUCAGCUUUGGGACCAAAGGGAUUGUUGACAUUUCCCCAGCAAUGUCAAUCUCAUGACUGUGUUCUUCUCCCAAAUAAGAAUUGAUAGGUAAAUGCAUUGAACCAAGUAUAUAUGAAAAGAUAAAAAGCAAUAUUCGUACAUUAUGUGAUUUAUGUUUUUUGAUGUCAGAAUUUGUGCUUUGGUGAAGUAUUUGUAAAACUGCUGUUUUCUGCACUAUCCUGCUCACAUCUCAGUGUGUGGUCAGAAAAGUGACAGUCUAAAGAAAGACAGGUGCUUUAACAGUCAGUGAGCCAAAAGAAACUCAAGUGUGGAUUGUUAGCUAGGCGUGCAGCGCUCUCUGGUUUUCUGUAAACUGUGUCACGUGGUUGCCCCCUUCGCCGGGUGUCAUUCUCCCUUUAGUCAUCACUGUAUCAUAGCCCCAAGAGACCCUGAAAUGGCUGUGCAUGGAUUUCCUCCUCUGCUUCCGUGGUGGUGUUGUCUUGUGGACUUGGUCAGGGUUAGUAGUUUGCCAGGAGUGUAAUCCACUGAGUAGCAAUCCAUAGCCCAAGAACCCUGAGGACUGACUUUUUCCUGAUGGCAAUUGACACUGAUUUGUUACCUACAGAUUUUUCUAAUUUCUUCUCCAACAUUCUACACACUGGGGGAAAUAAAGAAGAGGUUUGAACUUACAACAGGUACCUUUGGAAGAUCUGUACAGUUUUGGGUUUGGGUUCAUCUGGUAACCAUUGCCAGUGUCCUAUAACAGUAUUUAAUUUCUAGGUGUGUGGUAGUAAAAUUAAGGAGCAGCUCUUUGGAAGUGAAUUCCAUCAGUGUUGGUGAAGCAUUGUUUUAAUACUGUCACACACUAACCUACGCUGCUACAUACAUCAGACAAGUUUUAAAGCCUGCAAGAGUGGCCCACCGCUUGGAAGGCUAAUUCUACCCACUGGUCCAGUCAUUCCAUCAAAACCUUGAAGUACUAGCAGUGCAUUUCCUGCCAGGUGUUAGUUACCUCAGAAUGUCUGGGCAUUUUAACGUAGGCUAUACUUAAUGUUAAAUGAGGGAUAUUUUGACUAAUCACAUAAAUUUGAACAUCUAUGAGAAUCCAUCAGUUUUUGGUUAGGAAGACUGAUAAAUUUUGGCACUUUAGCCAUCCAAAGAUUAACUUCCUGGGCACUAGUAAAUUAUAGCUUCUAAGUCAGCAAAACUCUCAGUUGUUUGGGGUAUAGACUUGUUAGUUGGUUGGGUUUUGUUUUUCAGGUUUUUUGGUUUUUGUGGGUUUUUUUGUACCUUUUUUAUUUUUUUCUGCCUCGCCAUGCCUGUUGACAUUACUAUUUUACCAGUAUCAUAAGUACAGAAGAAAGGCACAUGCCAGUCAGUUGAGUUGAUCUGAAGGGAGAAGGAGGUAUUUAAAAGCAAAGGGUUUUGCUUAAUUUCAUUUGCUCAUGAGACGGGCUCUUAUUAUGUAGCCCUAGCUGGUCCUGAACUUGCUGUGUGAACCAGGCUGGCCUGGAACUCAGAUCUACUAGCCUCUGCCUCCCAAGUACUGAGAUCAAAGGCUUGCACCACCAAUUUCCUAGUUGCCAUAUUUUUAACCCUUUGGGGUCCCCCACUUGAAUUCUAUUAAAUUUAUGUUUUGUUCUGUUUUUUUCUUUUGUUGUUCACCACCUCUUCUCUUGUUUUACAAAUAGUGUUACUCUGUAAUAGAUUUCUCUCCACUGUGUUGUACUUGUUGGGCAGAUCGAGUUCUCUGCAGUUGCACGUAUCUUUGAAGUAACAUGGAGGGGGACAGGUCUCAGGUCAAUCUGCUCUUAGAACUUUAGUCUGAGGUUUGGGUUGGAAGAAGAUUGUGAAUUUGCUAGUAAAUGAAUUGUACGGUGACCAAACACUUUUUGAGUUUUGGAGAAAUAAAACCAGAAGAAAAACAAAAAAGAUCUAGGUCCAAAACCAACUCUGAACUGCCAGGGCCAAAGGGCUAAUUUUUAAGCAUAUGAGCUUUAUUGAAGUCUUAAAAUAUAUUAACCAUAUAUCCACCUCGCUGUUUUAUUUAUCUCUUAAUUCCCAGGUGGUUGGUUUUAAAAAUGGGUCUACUCUCAGUAGAGUGGGUAUGAUUAUAUUCACAAACCAUACUCCAUAGUUAUGGUCAUUCUGUAGAAACUGUACAGCAGUAGAGUAGCUUUAAUGGAAAUAAUUUUUCCAGUGCUGGGGAUUAAACCCAGGGCCUCGUGCAUGCUAAGCAAGUGCUGUCACUGGCUUAUCUCCCCAGUCCCUAAUUUAAAUGUUUAACUAAAAAAAUUUACUUCCAUUGCAGUAAAAGUGAGUGGCAUGUUUUUUUGUUGUUGUUUUGUUUUGGCCAAAGAAGCUGUUCCCUAGUUAUUUGUCUGUCUUUACCCUCGAGCAGUUUCUGCCCUGCCAUGAUAGAUGUACAGGUUUACUGUUUCUGAGAUGGUAAGUCAGCUACUUACCAUUGCUUUAUGGGCAAUCGUGUUUUUAAAAAUUGUAGUUUUGCUUUCUUUGGUUUAAUAUGGUGUGAAUGUCAAAAUUAUUUCUAUACUAGAUUCUUCAUAUUGUUUAAAGUGUUUCUUAGACCCUAGGACCAUAACCAGAUCUGCCUCUGAGAAGACACUGUUGCUAACUGGGGUGUAUCUGGCAACAGGGAAAGACUGCCUAUCUUUAUUUUUACUUUUUAUGUUUUGAUUAAAGAAACAGUUGGCUUUUCCUAGAAGAAGGUCUAAAAAAAUGGCAGAAUGUUUAGCUUUCUCUGUGCCUGGGAUUAGAACUGAGAUGUUACGGUUUUCAAGGAAAACUAAAUUCAAAUUGUCACUACUACUAAAUUUGUAAAAGUUGAGAUUCAUUCCUUAAUGUUGGGUUUGGAGUGUGUCAAAACUGGACUAAUGGAAGUGCUGAAUUUGCAAAAUAAAGCCAAGAUACUUAACUGCACUUUAAGGUUUCUGGGUACUCUGCCUUCAUUAGUGACCCGCAGAGUGGCUCUGAACAGUAUUUUGUUUAUACAGUCCUGUUGGAGAUAUAUAAUUUAUGUUUUUUAAACUCUGCAUCUUUGUCUCUGUUGAUGUAAAUCUUUUUUAAUGCAAUUUUUUAAAGUUAUAACAAAAUCCCCCCCCAAGCAUUUCCAGCGAUGAUAAGUAUUGUUGUGGACUGUGUCCCUGCAGCCUGUGCUUCCUGCUGCCUCACAGGGAAUAGAACUCCUAUGUUCAAAUAAAGUCUGUUGUUCUUGA